GCGCUAUUGUGCGUUCUCGUGGUCACGGUACCCGUGAGGGCGACGGGCAGGCUGAGCUCCAGGACGGUCACAACAAAGUACGGGGCCCUGAAAGGCUCGAUCGUGAGCCUGGAAGGUGGUCUCCGUCACAGCCUGCAGCCGGUCGAAGUGUUCCUCGGGGUACCGUACGCCUCCUCACCCACGGGCGCGAUGCGCUUCAUGCCACCCGGAACGCCCACCCACUGGAAGGGUAUCCGGAUGGCUGAUCGAUACGCCCCUGUCUGUCCACAAAGUUUGCCCGACAUUCGGAACGAGAGCGUCGCGCUGAAGAAAAUGCCAGCCGGCCGCCUUGAGUACCUCCGAAGACUGCUUCCCUACCUUCAAAAGCAGAGCGAAGACUGUCUUUACCUUAACAUCUACACGCCGGCUAUCGUCGGUCGCGAGCCGAUUCGGCUACCUGUCAUGGUUUUCAUACACGGCGAAUCGUACGAAUGGAACUCCGGGAAUCCGUACGACGGCAGCAUACUCGCCAGCCAUGGGAACGUCGUCGUUAUUACCCUAAACUACCGAUUGGGAAUUUUCGGAUUCCUUCCUCCGAUGGAGAACGGCCGGGGAGGGAACAACGGUCUCCUCGACGUCGUUGCAGCUUUGCAUUGGGUCCAGGGAAAUGUUGCAGAGUUCGGAGGAGAUGCGAGGAAUGUCACGGUUUUCGGCCAUGGACACGGAGCCGCCCUAGUGAAUCUGUUAAUGCUCACCCCUAUGGCGAGAGGGCUGUUUCAACGGGGUAUGAUGAUGUCCGGAUCCGCGCUUAGUCCCUGGGCCAUAGCGAGGGAUUCGGUGAAGUACACUCGACGUGUCGCCAAGGAACUCGACUGUCCUGUCGAAGACAACCGGGCGCUUAUCGAGUGCCUGAAGAAUCGGGCUGUGACGGAUAUUCUGCGAAUCGACCUCUCACCGCCGGAUCAUCUGUCGGCGUUUGGACCCGUAGUCGACGGCAUCGUCAUACCGAAGGAACCUUCACUCCUGAUGGAAGACCACGGGGCGUCUUUCUACAAAAACUACGAAAUGCUCGCAGGCGUUGCAAGAGUGGAGGCCUACUUCUUCCUGGCGGCUGCUGAAGAGAAAUACGGAAUCGAGAUCGACCGACGGGACCGCGUCUUGCGGACCCUCAUCCGAAACCUCUACACUUUCCAUCAACAAGAAAUUCUGCUGACCGUGAUCAACGAAUACACCGACUGGACAAGAGCGUAUCAGCAUCCUCUGAGCGUUCUUGAUGGCACCGCGGAAGCUAUCGGCGACGUCCUGGUUGUGGCUCCGCUUGUGAAGGCGGCGAAUCUACACGCGAAGCUUUCUAAAAACACGUAUUUCUACGUGUUCGGAUAUCAGACCGAAUACGGCGAUUAUCCUAAUCGAGUCGGCUGCAUCCACGGCGAAGAGUUAGCUUAUGUUUUUGGGGCGCCUCUGGUAUCUCAUUUGGGGCACUUUGCGAGAAACUUCAGCAAAUCCGAGCAGGCGUUCGCCGAAGCUAUUAUGAGCUAUUGGACAAACUUCGCGAGAUUCGGAGAUCCUAGCAAUUCGAUGCAUGAGGCGAGUCUCAAUGAGGCGCAGCCAACUCCCACUUCGGACCAGAGGAAAGGUCGCUUCGAGAGGACGGUAUGGCCCCCGUACGACCUGGCGCACCAGAAGUACAUGCACCUGGGCAUGAAACCCAAGGUAAAGGAUCACUAUCAUGCGCACAGGCUAUCGUUAUGGACGCAUCUCAUCCCCCAGCUACACAGACCUGGUGGGACCGAAGUGGGUCCGUUGCAUCAUUUACUAGAGGACCACGACAAUCCGCUGAGCUACGAUGGACGCGUCGUCGUCGACCCACGAGUUAUCGACGCGCCAGCUUCGGCGUCCACCCCAUCCACGACGGAUAUCCUCCACCAUAAUUCGAGCGACAAACGAGGUGACGAAGGAGGAGGCUCGGUCGCGGCUUCCGUUCCGGAAAAUGCCAGUGCGGUGAAUGGCUCCGGCCAACUAAUUCCACCAAGCAAUUACGACUCGAUGUUGCUCCAAUACGGCGGCUAUUCAACAGCCCUCAGCGUCACCAUUGCCGUCGGCUGUUCAUUACUUAUUUUGAACGUGCUUAUUUUCGCCGGUGUCUACUACCAGAGAGACAAAACGAAGCUCGAAGCCAAGCUGCACAAGCGAAAGGCGGCGAAGCAAGCCAGGAAACAGGAGAGUGGCAUGAGGUCCGCCGCAAGCGGGUGCAGUUUGACCUCCGCGAGCAACUGUAGUCUCAGCAAGGAGCAACAAGAGAUGAUGGCCACGGCUCAGGCACUUCGGAAUCCUCCGCCCACACCACCCGAUCAUGAGCCAGUCGUUCAACAAGUGCACACGGCAACUAUAAAUCCGCACCACGCGCACAUCAGCAAUCCACACCAUCACGUCGCCGUGAAGCCUCUACCGCCGCAGGUGCCUAACUCCCAGCAAACGGUGUUCCGAGAUCCCGGCUGUCAGACGGGGAAUUCGCAGCCCGACGUCAUGAGCCUUUCGAACUCGGCUGGACAGCCGAUGCAGACUCUGCCACGUCAAACAAAACUCCCUUUCGAUGAACACAACAUAGGUACGCUUCCACGACUCUCUCGACCCCAGUCCACGGUCGACCCUCAUCAAAAUUCUCAUCACAUGAUGACAAUGGCUCCAAACGUCAUUUUCACGCUGCCACAAAAUCCACAGAAGGCCGAAACCGACUUAGACAUCAUAACGAAUCUCAACCACUCGCAGCAUUAG